CGCGAGAUCAGUUCGGGUAACAGACAGUGAUGUGACAUAGGAGCACACGACAACAUGAAGCGGAUAACACUGGCUCAAACGGUUUUCAUCAUCGAAAUCUAUGUGACAGUCAUCUGCUGUGGCAUCUCUGCUGCAGGAGAACACACGCGUGUCCGCAGAGAGCCUCCUGUUUACAGUCCACCCAAGCCUAGCUACGGACCCCCGAAACCCAGCUAUGGGCCACCUCCUAAGGCCAGUUAUGGACCACCAAAAUUCAGCUAUGGCCCUCCACCAAAGGUCAGCUAUGGCCCUCCACCAAAGGCCAGCUAUGGGCCUCCACCAAAGGCCAGCUAUGGACCUCCAAAGGCCAGCUAUGGGCCUCCACCGAAGGCCAGUUAUGGUCCACCCAAACCAGUAUAUGGGCCUCCAAAAGUAAGCUAUGGUCCACCACAGGCCACUUAUGGCCCUCCACCAAAAACAAGCUAUGGGCCUCCAAAACCCAGCUAUGGACCUCCUCCAAAGGCAAGUUAUGGGCCACCAAAACCUGUCUAUGGGCCACCAAAACCCAUCUAUGGGCCACCAAAACCUGUCUAUGGGCCACCAAAACCAGUCUAUGGGCCCCCAAAAGCCAGUUAUGGUCCACCACCAAAAGCUAGCUAUGGUGUGCCUUCAAACACACAUGGGGUACCACCAUCAGAUUCUUAUGGGGCACCUGUCAGCUCUCAUAAGGAGGUUCAGAGCUAUGAUGCUCCUGUGUCUUCCAUCUCCUUCAUGUAUUCAUCAUCUGCUUCUCAUGACAUACCAUCCAGCUCGUAUGGAACUCCAUCAAACUCAUAUGGAGCUCCAUCCAACUCAUAUGGAGCUCCAUCCAGCUCAUAUGGAGCUCCAUCUAAUUCUUAUGCUGCACCUUCCAGUUCUUAUGGUGCUCCAAACAUACCAUCAAGUUCAUAUGGGGUGCCUUCCAGCUCCUAUGGUGCCCCUAAAGCUCCAUCAAGUUCAUAUGAUGCACCUUCCAGCUCUUAUGGUGCUCCAAGCAUACCUUCAAGUUCAUACGGGGCACCUUCAAGCUCUUAUGGUGCCCCUAAAACUCCAUCAACUUCGUAUGGAACACCUUCUAGCUCUUAUGGUGCUCCAAACAUACCAUCAAGUUCAUAUGGGGUGCCUUCGGGUUCUUAUGGUGCCCCUGAAACUCCAUCAAGUUCAUAUGGAGCACCUUCCAGUUCUUAUGGGGUACCAGACAAUUCUUAUAGUGCACCAUCAACUUCUUAUGGUGCCCCCCAAGCACCUUCUAGCUCAUAUGGUUUACCAUCCAGCUCUCAUGGGGUACCAACAACAUCUUUUGGAGCACCCUCAAGCUCAUUUGACUCUCUAUCCAGUUCAUAUGGGGCACCAACCUCUUCCUACAAUGCACCAUCAAGCUCCUAUGGGGCACCCUCAGUCUCAGAUUCAUAUGGAGCCCCCUCGAACAGCUAUGAAACUGUUGUUAAGUUUGAUGACAGUCAAGCAGAUGCAUCAGAUAAACAAAGUGUCUCAAGUGCUAUCAAGAAUCCAGCAUCUUUGUUUGAAGAAACAGCUAAUCAGAAGAAACCCACAAAUGAUGUCCAGCACACAUCAGCAGGUUACAGUGGAGACGAAAGCACCCAGUACACAGGUUCACAGAUAAAUAAAUAUAUUAGGUCUCAGUCACAGGUCUCAUCCUCAAAUAAGGAUAAUCUCACGCCAAAUUACUAUGAACACUAUGCCGAAACUUUUGGAGAUAAGAUCAGACAAAGAGAUCCUUUUCCCUUCUCAGACACAGCAUAUUCUGAUCGACAAGACAAUGCUGCAACAAUCCCUCUGCAGAACGGAGGUUAUGUCAAGUUUCCUGAUGCUCAAUCAGAAUUCUCACAGUCUCUCAAGCAAUGGGAGGCUUCAUCAGCUCAAAAGCCAGGUUCAAGUACAGCUGAAGUGAAGCAGAGAUAGUGACAUGCAGAUAAUAUCAAGCAUUACCAUAGUCAUCCAUUCACUAUACAUUUGUUAAUUCAUUUGUAAUAAAAUAAUGAUGUAGCCUUAUUCACUGUCAGAGGAGAUAUAUUCUAGUUACAAACAUCUGGACAUUUUACAGUACAAAAUUCACAUUGAAAAAAUAUGAGAUUUAAGGGUUCUCACAGUGAAUAUUAUGAUUAUGGUCUUCUGGGACAUGAUGUUGCAUAGUCUGGCACCUAGGACAUAUAGUCUGCAGUUCUGGACCUGCUAAAUCAUGCACUCUGAAGCAGGAUGUUCCUCCAAAACGUUAGUAACUAUCUACCUGACUACAUGGUGUCAAACCUCACAACACCCUACUCUUCAGGACAGAAUAACAGUUAGAAGAAACACACCAAAAGAAUUAUUGAUAUUUAGUAGUUUCAAGAUUCUUCUAGACAAUAUACAUUGUCAACUACACAAUGUGUAGAAUUCCUGCAUCAUACAUCAAACAUAUAAUUUGAACCAUGCAUGCAACAGAUGAUAUUACAGGAAGAAGUUCUGGGAGGAGCCAACUGCCUACUUUCCUUUGAUUCAACAUGGACCACAUGAAAAACGACAUCUCCCAAAAUUCUUUCUUGAUGCAGGAACAUAUUUACUGAGUUGUUACCUAGCAAUGACGGGGAUAUACAGACAGACCCACAGACAUACAAGUCCAACAAAUCUUUUACUGUUGCGUGUAUUUGUUGCCACAGGAAUGUGUUUACCAAGCCGUUGCCUAGCAAUGAAAGGAGCGAUACACUUU